AAAGAAAAAGAAAAGAGAGGAAAGGAAACGAUUGCAGAGAGAAACAGAGUGUGAGGGACACACCCUAUGCGCCAGAACAGAAAAUUAAAUUAAAUUAAUUUUUUAGAAAAUGAAUAAAAUCUAGAGUUUCCUUUUUCUUUCUCUGGGCCUCAUAAAUUGGUGAUUAAAACCUGUAUAUAGGGAAUCAUUGAGAGUGAUUGUUUAAGGUUUAGAGAGAUUUUAGAUAGAAAAUGGAAGGGAGGAAGCAAGUGAGCAAAUCUUCCUCCUCCUCGUCUUCAACUUCUGAACCGUUUGGGUCGCGAGAAACUUAUCCUUCAUCGUCUUCUGACGGGCUGUUUAGUUUCAUAUUUGCGCCAACGUCAAAGGUGUUAGGGAGGGAAUCAUUGCGCACCGAGUUGAAAAGGCAGGAGUAUGCUAAUGGUGCCUGGAACACCAAUCCUGGACGUCCAGUCAAUACUCCGGAGACUGGUCAAGGCGAAGUCCAGAGCACGCCCAAUCAAGACAUGAGUUACAUUUAUCAUGAACAACGAGUACGACCAAGUCCUCUUUGUUCAUCAAUCUUGUAUGGUGGUCAGGACGUAUAUGAUCACCCUCAGAGUACUCAGAGCACUGGAGUGAAUUCAGUGUACAAGAAAGAUGGGACUGAAGAUGAUUCAGGCAGUGCUUCAAGAGGAAACUGGUGGCAAGGGUCUCUUUAUUAUUGAAGGCUCACUCACCAUGGAUAUAUUUACCUAGGUAGAUAGGUAUAUAGUGUGGCAGCUUAAUCUACCUUUUCCGUUAUAUGAAGAUAAACUCAGUAGCUAAUCAGAUCAUGGCAGAAAGCUGGUGUUUGUCGCUUCCUCCACCCUAGCAACAUCUUCGUCUGAACUGAUGGUUAUGUUUGCAUCUCCUUUCGUUUUUACGUUCUUUCUUCGUUGUAUGAACUCGGUAGUUUUUCGGUAAAGUUUGUGUAGUUUAAGGACUUCAUCUACCAACUACACCGUCAUAGUCGGGUUUUUUUAUAUCUAUUUCAGUUUAGAUAUAUCUUUAUUACCUAUAACAGAUUCGGAUACCUUGUGCU